AGUGCCCAUAAGCUAUCCAAGAUGGCAGCCACCAUGAAGAAAGGAGUCGCCGUAGAGGAUGUCAAUGUAACUUUUGAAGACCAGCAGAAAAUAAAUAAGUUUGCCAGAAACACCAAUCGAAUGACUGAACUUAAAGAUGAAAUAGAAGCUAAAAAGAAAUCACUUCAGAAUUUGGAGGAUGCCAGUGAUGACCUCAUGAUGUGUGAAGAUGACUCGUUGUUAAUUCCAUACCAAAUUGGCGACGUCUUCAUCAGUCACUCUCAAGAGGAAACACAGGAGAUGUUGGAGACGGCUAAGGAGAGCCUGAAAGACGAGGUCAAGGUUCUGGAGGGGAGAGUGUCAGCCAUACAAGAAGUUCUUGGAGACUUAAAGAUUCAGCUUUAUGCCAAGUUUGGAAACAACAUCAACCUGGAAGCGGAUGAGAGCUGAAUUUAGUGCAGCAGUGGGGCAUGCUUGCUAAAGACUUUUUGCCAUGUGCGCUGCACACCUCAUGUCUUACAGUUGGCCAAGAAAGCCCAUAUUUCCGUAACAUUUUUAUGUCUUUGUUUAUAUGUAUGUCGUUUCUUAUGGGCAUCUUUACUUUUCCGAGUGAGUCAGAGUGAAAAGGCAAAAAUAUGGAUCAACAAUCUUGGACUAGUAUAUAAUUAAAGCAUUGAAACAGUGGUCAAAAAAUAUGUUGGCCUUCUGUUAGUUUUCUAACUUGCAUCAAAAACCGUCUUUGAAGUUCCCAACGUAUGUAUGUGCUUGUCUAUUCCAACAGUUAAAAGUACAUUUCCAUCUUA